ACAUCACAAUACAAGCAUAGGGAGGGUUCCGACGAAGAGAGGGCAGCAUUUGGAACUGCCUGCACCCACCUAAAGUCAGACAUCUGCAUGGUGUUUGCCGCUCCUCCACCUCCUCCGGCUGGCAUUAAGUUACAGGUCACAGGAGACAAGGAAUUACUGCCGGGGAACACUUUGUGUCUGAAUAUUGUGGUUGAAAAUGAAUCAGAUGAGGCAACGACCAUCACUGUCACGGCUGGAAGUCAAUUGCAAACCUAUACGGGCAAAGUCAUUGCCUCUUUGGCAUCUAUCAACCAAACUGUGGAAGUGGCAGGGAAGCAAGCUGGAUCAGUCCCAUUUAACGUGGCUGCUGACCUGUACAUGAAGUCUGUAACAUUAAUAGAGGAUGAGCUUAUGAUGAGAGUCAAUGUCAUGGUGGAAACAAAAGACAAAUAUGAGAAAAUCAAUGAGUGUCUCAUGAUUCCAUUCACUUAUCCACCACUCAUAGUAGAGAUGCCAGAAACUGCCAAGAUAGAUGAAGAUUUCAUGUGUACUUUUACAUUUAAGAAUACUCUGAGCAUUCCUCUAGAGAAAUGUGAGCUGAAUGUGGAAGGACUGGGCAUCUUCAAACUUGAGAAAUUUGAGCAUGGAGACAUCAGCCCUGGAGGAAUCUUCCGAUGCAAGAUCGUCUGUGCUCCGAAGAAAGCUGGAGAAAAGAAGAUUGUGGCUGAAUUAAUUUCUAAGCAGAUCAAGGGACUUUCUGCUGAAAGGAUGAUCACCAUUACCAAAUAA